CAGUCUGUUUAAGCUCCUGAUUCACACUCAGAGAAAUUUCAGUCUCAGCAGUUUUGUGGGUCAAAGUGCCAGAAAGUCAGAAACAGAUAAACACAGAUGGAGACGAUGAUAAAGAGACGAGUUGAAGGUGUUAAACACAGGGGGUUUGGAGGACAAGAAGGUGAGCAUCUUGAUCAGGAUAAUAUGUUUGUAGGAGAAAAAUCUCCACAGAUGCAGAGAAACACCACGUGGAGAUUAAAAUAAUUCAAUCCAGCAAUAAAAAUAAACUGCAAUGAAAUAGAGCCAGAAGAACUUCAAGAUAACGAGCUGACUCAACAUCUUCUCCUAUCAACGUUAAACUCUGAACCUCACACACACACACACACACACACACUUGCUUGUCAUAAAUGUAAUGAUAAAGGUGCUGGACUUGUUUGUGAAGCAGAAUUUCAUGGCUGUGCAGUGAUGCAAGAACAGAACUUGUGUUGGUUUUGAAGGAAGUUUCUGAUGGUUUGAUUUAAAGGUUGAAGGUGAACAUGUUUGUGCAGAUGUUCACAGUUUGAUCUCCUGUAAUAAAACACUGCUUACGAACUGAGCAGCGAGGGUGAGAAGAUCCAGAGCUCCUGGUGUUUCAGUAUUUGUCAUUUUCCAGGUCAUGAUGAAGUUCGAGAACAUUCUUGCUGAGGCUGAUGGUUUUGGACGUUAUCAGAUUAUGCUCUUCAUGUUGAUGGUGCUCCCACGCCUCACACUCCCGGGUCACUUCCUGCUGAAUAACUUCAUCGCUGCCACACCGUCUCAUCACUGCAACAUCAGCUCUCUGGACUCUCAUGGUGUUUUUCAGUCUUUGAGCCAAGAGGAGAAACUGACUGUCAGUAUUCCGAAACAAAAAGAUGGAACCUUCACUUCAUGUCACAUGUUCUCACAACCUCACUUUUAUCUUCUGACAAACUCAUCUAAUGCUACAGAACUUCCCGUAGUUCCGUGUCAGAGUGGAUGGGCGUACGACUCCAGCAUGUUCAAGUCCACUUUGGUCUCACAGUUUGAUCUUGUGUGUAACACAAAGGGACUCACCAAAGCCUCGGCCACCGUGUUCUUCAUUGGCGUCAUGUUCGGAGCUGUUUUCUUUGGUGUUCUGUGUGACAAGUAUGGCCGUAAGACCAUUUUGUUGGUGUCCUACAUCUCAGUCAUCGUUUUCAGUGUAAUCAGCGCUGUUUCAACCAGUUUCGUGAUGUUCGCUGUGUUUCGCUUUCUGACCGGAUUUAGCCUGUCUGGAAUCAGCAUCGUGGCCAUUGUUCUCACUAUCGAGUGGGUGGACAUUGAGCAUCGCACAGUUAUCGGUGUGUGUAGCAGCGUUAUCUGGACUGUGGGUAAUUCCCUGCUUGCCGGCGUGGCAUAUCUGAUCACAGAUUGGAGGAUACUGAUAAUUACAGUGUCCUCGCCUCUUGUGAUCUCCGUAGCAACCUGGUGGAUGAUCCCAGAGUCGGCUCGAUGGCUGAUUGUGAAUGGAAGGACAGGGGAUGCAUAUAAAUACCUGCAGAAGUGCGCACAAGUCAACAGGAGAUCAGACUUCAGUUCCACAAUCAGACCUCAGACUCUGUGUGAGGUUGUAACAGGAGAGAAACAGAAACGUAAUUAUAAUUAUAUAGACCUCAUAAGAACUCCACGUUUGAGGAAGAUCACCAUCUGCACUGGAAUUGUGUGGUAUGGUGUUGCCUCCACUUAUUACGGCAUCAGUUUAAACAUCACAGGAUUUGGGUUGGACCUCUACCUCACACACUUCAUCUACGCAAUCAUCGAGCUUCCUGCCAAAUUCAUCAUCUACUUCAGCCUGAAAAAAUUUGGCCGAAGGGUCAACCAAGUGGGAACUCAGGUCCUCACAGGAGUGUGUAUCAUCAUCAACAUCAUUACCCCUACAGAGUACUGGACAUUUCGCACAAUAAUAGCAGUGCUGGGUAAAGGCCUGUCUGAAGCUUCAUUCACCACCGUGUUCCUGUACACCACUGAGCUUUACCCUACUGUGUUACGACAGAAUGGUGUGGGGUAUGCAAGCUUUGUGGGGCGUUUGGGGGCCUCGGUUUCUCCCCUGGUCAUGCUGUUGGAGGACGUGUGGCUCCGCCUUCCUCAGGUGGUGUUUGGUGUGAUUGCCAUCCUCUCAGGUCUGGUGGCUCUCCUGCUCCCCGAAACCAACAACGCUCGUCUACCUGAGACAAUCGAGGACAUUGAGCAGACCAGAAAGAGAUCAUUCUGCAUGAAUACGCAGGAACAAAGUACAUCUCCACUGAAAACCGACAUUACUGAAGACCCUGUGCAAUAACACACACACACAUACACACAAACAAACACAUGCACAAACAUAAACACACACAUGCACACAAACACACCACGAUGCACAAACAGUCCCCUAUACACACUCUCUCACACACACACAC